UUAAAAGCGUCGAUUGAUUACUUCCUCGUUAUUCUCGCACGCAUCCGGUUUCCUUCUCCGGCAAAAUAUCUCUCCCUCGUCCUCGGCUAUCCAAUUUCAGAUCGAAGAUGAGUCACCAAGCCGAGUCAUCUGACUCGAAAAGUACUAAGAAGGACUUCUCUACGGCGAUUCUGGAGCGGAAGAAGGCGCCGAAUCGGCUUGUCGUGGAUGAGGCGAUCAAUGAUGAUAACUCCGUCGUUGCUCUCCACCCUGCUACCAUGGAGAAGCUCCAGCUCUUCCGUGGAGACACGAUUCUGAUUAAGGGCAAAAAAAGGAAAGAUACAGUGGUUAUUGCUCUUGCUGAUGAGACAUGUGAAGAGGCAAAGAUUAGGAUGAAUAAAGUUGUCCGGUCAAAUUUGAGGGUCCGACUUGCUGAUGUUGUAUCUGUACAUCAAUGUCCAGAUGUUAAGUAUGGGAAACGUGUGCACAUACUUCCUAUAGAUGAUACAAUUGAAGGGGUCACUGGUGAUCUCUUUGAAUCAUACUUGAAACCUUACUUUUUGGAGGCAUAUCGUCCUUUGAGGAAAGGAGACCACUUCCUUAUUCGAGGGGGUAUGAGAAGUGUGGAAUUCAAGGUCAUUGAGACAGAUCCAGGGGAAUAUUGUGUUGUUGCUCCAGACACUGAAAUCUUCUGUGAGGGGGAGCCAGUGAGGAGGGAGGAUGAGGAUAGACUUGAUGAAGUUGGGUAUGAUGAUGUUGGUGGUGUGAGGAAACAAAUGGCUCAGAUUCGUGAAUUAGUAGAGCUGCCAUUGAGGCACCCUCAACUUUUCAAAUCCAUUGGAGUGAAACCGCCAAAGGGUAUUUUGCUUUAUGGCCCUCCUGGUUCUGGGAAGACACUGAUAGCAAGAGCUGUUGCCAAUGAAACUGGUGCAUUUUUCUUUUGUAUCAAUGGACCAGAAAUUAUGUCCAAGUUAGCUGGAGAGAGUGAAAGCAACCUUAGAAAGGCAUUUGAAGAGGCUGAAAAGAAUGCUCCAUCUAUUAUAUUUAUUGAUGAAAUUGAUUCAAUUGCUCCCAAGAGGGAGAAGACACAUGGUGAAGUUGAAAGAAGAAUUGUUUCACAACUCCUAACUUUGAUGGAUGGAUUGAAGUCCCGUGCUCAUGUUAUAGUUAUUGGAGCUACAAAUCGUCCCAACAGCAUUGAUCCUGCUCUCAGGAGGUUUGGUAGGUUUGACAGGGAAAUCGACAUUGGUGUUCCAGAUGAAGUUGGGCGCCUUGAAGUUCUUCGCAUUCACACUAAGAAUAUGAAACUUGCUGAGGAUGUUGACCUGGAGAGAAUUGCUAAAGACACACAUGGUUAUGUUGGUGCUGACCUUGCUUCUCUCUGCACUGAAGCUGCACUUCAAUGUAUCAGAGAAAAAAUGGAUGUCAUAGAUCUGGAGGAUGAAACAAUUGAUGCUGAAGUUUUGAAUUCUAUGGCUGUUUCAAAUGAGCACUUCCAAACUGCUCUGGGAACAAGCAAUCCUUCUGCAUUGCGUGAGACUGUUGUUGAAGUGCCCAAUGUCAGCUGGGAAGAUAUUGGAGGACUUGAAAAUGUUAAACGUGAACUUCAAGAGACGGUACAAUAUCCUGUGGAACACCCAGAGAAGUUUGAAAAAUUUGGUAUGUCGCCCUCAAAAGGUGUUCUUUUCUAUGGCCCCCCUGGGUGUGGGAAAACUUUACUGGCCAAGGCAAUUGCAAAUGAGUGUCAAGCCAACUUCAUUAGUGUUAAAGGGCCUGAAUUGCUCACCAUGUGGUUUGGAGAAAGCGAGGCCAAUGUUCGUGAAAUUUUUGACAAGGCUAGAGGAUCAGCACCAUGUGUUCUCUUCUUUGAUGAGCUUGACUCUAUUGCAACUCAGAGGGGUAGUAGUGUUGGAGAUGCUGGUGGUGCCGCUGAUCGGGUUCUUAACCAACUUCUUACUGAAAUGGAUGGCAUGACGGCAAAGAAGACUGUUUUCAUUAUUGGAGCUACGAACAGACCAGAUAUUAUUGACCCUGCACUGCUUCGUCCCGGUCGUCUUGACCAAUUAAUAUAUAUCCCUCUUCCAGAUGAAGAUUCUCGGCAUCAGAUCUUCAAAGCUUGCCUGAGAAAAUCUCCAGUUUCCAAAGAUGUUGAUAUAAGAGCUCUUGCGAAAUACACUCAUGGAUUUAGUGGAGCAGAUAUCACAGAGAUCUGCCAGAGGGCAUGCAAAUACGCCAUACGGGAGAACAUAGAGAAAGAUAUCGAAAGGGAGAAGCAGAGGAGGGAGAAUCCCGAUUCCAUGGACGAGGAUGAUGCUGGGGAUGAAGUUUCAGAGAUUAAACCUGCGCAUUUUGAGGAAUCCAUGAAGUAUGCUCGUCGGAGUGUGAGUGAUGCCGAUAUACGCAAAUACCAAUCCUUUGCUCAAACACUGCAACAAUCUCGCGGUUUUGGAACUGAAUUCCGCUUUGCUGAGUCAGGAACUGGCGGGGCCUCUGGAGCCGACCCAUUUGCAACCUCUACUGCAGCAGCUGAUGAAGACGACUUGUAUAGCUAAGUUUUAGAUAUAUAUAUAUAUAUGCCCUUUAGUAUUAAUUAUUAGUGUUUAGGCUACUUUUUUUUGGGUUCCGUUCAGAUAUUUUUACUCUUGCACUGCAAUUCCCUUUUCUUGAUAUCUGGAUUAAAUAUUUAUAUAUGGUAGACGUCAGAUAAUCUCAUAUCUUACGCACUCCAUACUAAUCUCUUUGAAUA